CUGCAAAUUUGAUGACUUCUAUCUAAUGCGAUCAUUUUAGCCGGAUCGGCCCACGGUUGGGAAAUAAGCAAAAAAAAAAUCUUGUAAAACCGCCUUCAAAACCCUCAUUCAUCAUCAUCACACUGCUCCAUUCUCAAAUUCUCCCCCAUUCCUCAAAAAUGGCGUCAAGAGUAACAAAGUCAAUUUCUUCUGCCCGACGAUCCAACAGUUUUUGCUCUCUUCCCUCCUUAAAACGCAUCUUCUCUGCAACUCCCUCAUCUUCUACUUCUCGAUCUACACCAUUUUCAUCCUUUCCACAAGCAACACAAACUCGUGGGUACUUUGGAUUUGGUGCUGCAAUUGGCAAUGAAAUUGGAAAAGAGACUGCAAUGGUGAUGAAAGGUCAGGCAUACUCCUUGGUUUUGUUGAAUUCUGGUUUGAUCUACCAGCUGAGUGAAAAUCGUAGGCUGCUUCAGGCAACUCAAUCCUUCUACAGAUCGUAUGCAUCCGCUACUGCAUCAAAGCCACCUAAGCAGAAACAAACAGAGGGAAAGAAAGAGCUGUCUACAGUGGAAGAUCCUUUUGAUUCCCCUACAUAUCAUAUCCCUGAAAAACCGGUCACAUUUACGGAGGGUGCUUCAUAUACUGCUGUGAUUCUUGUUGGGCUUGGAGUAGCUGCUGCUGCAGGUUAUGCUGUUUUCAAAGAGCUUAUUUUUGAACCAAAAGAGUACAAAGUAUUUAGCAAGGCACUGGAGAAGGUUCAAAACGAUAGUCAGGUUAAAGUGAGGAUUGGUUCGCCUGUUAAAGGAUAUGGCCAGGAGACUAGAAAUCGUGCUGCCCGCCAAAGAAUACCUCAUAGAAUAUGGACUGAUGAAGAAGGGGUGGAGCAUGUUGAGGUGAACUUUCAUAUUCGUGGGCCUAAUGGGGAUGGAGUAGUCUAUUGUGAGAUGUUCAAAGACAAAGAAGACAAGCAGUGGAAAUACCAGUUUUUGAUUGUCGACAUCCGUCACCCUUCGCCUAAAAAGUUGUUCCUGGAAUCAUAUCUUCCAAGUACAGCCUAAUAACUUGAAACUGGUAUCGUUCAACAUCAAACCCAAUUCUCGCCUUCUAUUUUCUCGCCAAGCAUAUUUCUGUGAGCCAUUGCCUGAUUUUCCUGAGUGUUACUGCCUGCUCUGAAAUCAUAAUUUUAGCCCUUCACCAUCUAUGCGCUCUAUGAGUUUACUUGUCCAAAAUUUUUUUUGAGCCAGAAGAAAAGCAUAAUGGUUUGACAAACCUGCAGCAUUCACCAAACGUGUGACUGAUUUCUAUAGUCGUGUACUUGAGCCUUUUUAGUGAAUAGAAUCAGGUUCUCUUAUUUUACGUCGUACAUUAUUAUUCAAUAUUUCUCCACACCGGAAAAUUGGAAAUGUAUCCUUAAUGAAAAACGACAAAAUAUUUUGGUUGUUCUUAACUGUAUUAGCGCUUUUAUCCAUCUUUUGGAUGACAAUAAAGAGUGUUAAAGAUCAAAGCUUGUCUUGUUGAAGCAUGUAUACGCUUGUAGUCGUAGAUACAAGCCUCAUAUGUUAGUCGCACGCAUGAAUGAUGGAUGCUUGGCUACUCACGAAUCAAGAUGGUUCAACAAUGGUCUUUUACAUUAUAAAAGUCUAAAACGUGCAGUAUGUAAAAGAUGAAAUUUUUGGUUUAACAAACAUAAAGAGAUGUCGUGAGAAAUGAGUUUGUGGUGUGGAAUUGGAUACCCAACUAACUUGUAACCAGUCAAUUCAAUGAAGUCUUUGUUUACCAAUAUUGUUUGAUUUGGCCCCACUUUUUAUUGGAAAAUAGGCCGACAAUGCUUUA